AUGGGGACAUCAGCCGAGACUCAACAUCAAACCCGCAAGCCAAAGGCGCAACCCGACAAGGACCUUGGCUCCUCCAAAGGCCAGGCCAAAAAUUAUCCCAACUCUCAAGCUGGGACUUCCAACUCCAUGGCCGUGCCCAUUGACAUUGGUGGUGCAGCGACCCAGAGCUCUCAGCGUCGCAAACCGCUCGGCGCACCAUACCCCUCCAACCAACAAAGCCAAAGUCCAGUGGCAUGCAAGCCUAGUACCGCCGGUAGUCUCAAGGGCGUUCCUUUACCACGAACCCCCAACAGGUCGACCACCCGGAAGAAGCAAGCUUCCUUCAGCAACCAUAUCAUCAUACACAAUGUUAAUCCUGAUAAUGCUAUUGACUCCGACUCUAAGGGUGACUAUAUUGAUGAGAGCGCAAUUGACGAUGAGGAUGACUCCUCUGACUGGGAGGACUCGAUUGAGGACAGUGGCAAGUCUAACGUUGACGACAAGUACUUCCAGCGUGUUGACUCAAAGGUCAACCUCACCUCCAGGAAAUCCCUCAUCACCCUGAUGCUCACACAGACUGAAGACCGUACAAAGGGCCUCAGCAACCAUGCUUCCCAGUCAACAUCCGCUAUCCCCCAAUCGCGCAAUCGCAAUGGGCCUUCCUCUGCUGCCUCUCCCAACGACUCUGACGAUGCUCCCCUCAUGAUGAAGGAUAACAGCCAGAGUCCCAAAAAGCCUACCCCGGAGAUUCCCGAAUCAAGCGCACAGCCCAUCCCCAUCCCCACCGCCGCUCGCGGCAAUGGUCAAGGCGCUCUCUCACCUCGAACAACUCGUCGCAAUAUGCUUGGUACAGAGUUGACCGAGUCCCUCCGCCGCCACCUCCUGUGGGAGCGAUCUCAGAAGUCUUCCACUGCUAAUGCAGUUCUCAAGAGACGUCAUACCUCACACGAUGUGGCCAACCUGAACCAAUUCUCUGAGAAGUCUUGUAAGAAGAAGACUGAAGAUGUCAAUGCCAGCAGCUGGAACCAGUACUUUGUCAUCCAAGAAAUCUUCGAUGGAUACCACUCUAAGGGCUGGUAG